AUGGACGAGUAUGUCGGCAUCCCGCGUGAUCACCCCGAGAGCUACCACAGCUUUAUGUAUAAGCACUUCUUCUCCCAUGUCGACGUGAAACCCGAGAACAUCAAUAUCCUCAACGGGAACGCACCUGACCUGGAAGUCGAAUGCCAUGACUACGAAGAGAAGAUCCAACGUGCUGGUGGCAUCGAGCUGUUCCUCGGCGGCAUCGGGCCAGAUGGACACAUUGCCUUCAACGAGCCUGGUUCCAGCCUCAAGUCUCGGACCCGCGUGAAGACUCUUGCAUACGAUACCAUUCUGGCCAACUCAAGGUUCUUCGGAAACAACCUCGAUCAGGUGCCGAAGAUGGCGUUGACCGUGGGCGUGCAGACUGUCCUUGAUGCGCGCGAAGUUGUGAUCAUCAUCACAGGCGCACACAAGGCCCUAGCUCUUCAGCGGUGCAUCGAAGGCGGCGUGAAUCACAUGUGGACGCUGUCCAGUCUCCAGAUGCACCCGCACCCGAUGAUCGUCGUCGACGAAGACGCCACCCUAGAACUGCAAGUCAAGACCGUCAAAUACUUCAAGAGCAUCGAGCGCGUAGGCUCCGAACUAGGCAUGCGCCAGAAGCUCCCCAGAAAGCGCGACUCGCUUGUGGACGAGGGGACCCUGCUAGCCCCUGACCAGCCAAACGGUAUCAGAUUGACUGUGCCGCAAGUUGAUCUCUCCCGUUCAGCAAGUCCCGUGCUGGAGCCAAUGAGCGCCCGCCUCUCCGACGACGAGGCAAGCGCUUUGCAAUUGCGUUCCAUGGAAUCGGAUUUGGACGAUGUCGCAGAUCAGCCCUCGGUCCGAAUGAGCGCUCGCGUCGCUAGCUAG